AUUUCAUAAUCCAUAACGUUGUACACGUAUGUACUUGCGUACACAGAAUGUAGUAUAAUUGAUAAAUCGAGCAAAUAGAAGGCGUAAACGACUACUGGAAGCCAGCGGUACGCAUUGGUAUGUAUGUUAGGUCCGCCAAAGCGAGCGACGAGAAAGACGCGUUCCCAUGGAAUUGGACGAGGCGUAAGUGGGGAACAUUUAGCGAACCGUUGACGACGUGUCAAGUUGAGCACCCGAAGACAAGCGAACUGAUCGGAGUAUGUCAGGAAAGGGUAAACAGGGUUUCAAGAAAACUCCCAUCAAGGUGCGCGAGGGUGGGAAAUCAGCGCAGAACAAUCCGAUGUCCUCGGACACGAGCUCCGAGGGCGCCGAGAUGUCCGUGACCUUGCUAGUAAUCAAAACGGCCGACAACGCGAAACACCUGCCCAGAUACACAGGAGUGUUACAAAGAACCGUAGAAGAGGGCGUAGUCAUGGAUGACCUGGACACGCUGCAACUAGAACUGGAGAUGUUGCUAUCGUCAGUGGUGGUAAGAAACCGCACCCUUCAGGAGGAAAUAACGAGUCUCUCUUCUGCAGAGGAACGGAGAGACAGGCGCUCCAAGAGUGGGAAGAGUCUCUCGCUGUUGGAUAAGCGACCCCGAGAGGAAAGGGCCAAGCCUAAGGAAACUACGACCAAGAUUCAGUCCCCACUUCCAGCCAGACUCUCCAAGCAAAGGACUGUGGGCACGCCGUCGAAUCAGAUCGUACCUAAUCCACAUAAGAUCACCAGAGUAAACAGGUCCAAGACGGACGUCCCUAACGAGACGACGAACAAAUUUUGGGCCUCCGUGGACCCCUAUUGCACAGACAUAGUCCCUGACGAUAUCAAACUGCUGGAGGAGCUUAUUGCCACACACAGUGACCUCGGGGAGUUUAAGAAGAUCCCCCCACUAGGUCGGCACUACAGCCUCCUCUGGGCUCACGACGAUCUGUCCCAGGAGGAGGACGCUGCCAAUCCCAACAGGGAUAAGAAGAAGAACCGAUCCGAUGCCUCUCUCCUAGUAUCUAAGGCAGACAGGAAAGGUAACGGCAUCGUCGGUCCUCUUACCCAGAGACUGGUUUCGGCACUGCUGGAGGAGAAUGUCUAUGUAGGAAAUAACAACACGGAUGGCAAGUUGUUUAGGGAUGGCGACCCUCCGGUCCUGCGAGACCUCACCGUCCAAAACUCCAUGAACCUUGAGCUGAGGAUGCACAAGGAACUCGUCGAGCAGGGCAUCCUAGAGGCGGACGCACAAAAGAAAAGUCAGGAAGAUGACGAGAUCCUCCUGGAGAUUAAACGUUGCCAACAAGAGCUAUCGGCUCUGUCUAAUCAUAACGUUGCACAGCUUAAGAGGUUGCUAAACCUGGCACAAGAAGAGAGCAAACGUCAAGCCCUAAAACGUCGAAUAGCUGUUGUUGAUGAGGAAGCGGUCGAACACUACAAGAAGCUGUUGGUGUGCAAACAGCAGGAAGUUCCGUUAACCAGGAAGGAAGAAGAAAGGGCGUGGGCCUGCCUCAGGGAUCGAGAGAGCCUCCUGGAGCGACUCAACAUGUUACCUUCUAAUACUAUCGGUGAACCAGUUGGUGUCAACAGUGCAAAGACUUAAUUUAAAUCCAUGAUUCACUGACGAUAACAUGUCCGAAUGGAAUACACCGAAUGUGUAGCCGAAAGAUGGGUUACAUCUUGUCCAAACACUUUGACAACUCCCCUACAACGCUUUGAUUUCGCAAAGAACACCUUCGACUUGCAAUUUUUGGGGAAGUACAACAUUCUCGAUGUACAUACUUGACAGUAUCUGUAUCCAUAUUCGUGUUGGAUUUUGACCCAGUUUGGGCCUAAUACCAGAUACUGGACAUCGAAGUCUCUGCGGUGUUUAAUUUAUAAGUAGUGCAUUUAACUCUAAGAAUUAACUUCAAGGAACGGUGUAGGCCUUACUGUGACCUAUGACCUACGAACAACUGUGUUAGUUUAAAGAUUAAAAAUUAAAAAUGAAAGAAAAUGUACUUGCUCCCUUUUCUUGCCCAGCUUAACGUCUUACACUCCAUCUUUGAGGGGGUCGCUCUUAAAUAGAACCAUAAAAUUGGAUAUUCUGUAUGAAUCCUCCCUUUUAACAGGAAAAAAGUGUAAAUAACGGAUUUUUGAGACUCGUUCCUAAGUUCAUAGGACAUUUCCCAAAUCAUCGAAAAAUCACUAGAUCAAAUGAAAAACAAUUCGACCAAAAACAAGUAAAUAUUCCCAUAAAGUCUAAAAUCCCAAAAAAAAUUUAGCACGAUUAUACAUCACGCGUUGUAUAAAAUCACGAUAUACAAGAAUUCGACUCGUAAAACCCUAAUAAAAAAAAAACACAUUUAGGACGAUUAUACAUCACGCGUUGUAUAAGAUCGCGAUAUACAAGAACUCGCCUCGUAAAAUCAUAAUAAAAAACAAAAUCCACGUUCAGCACAAUUAUACGUCACGAGUUGUAUAAAAUCGCGAUACAAAAAUUUGCCUGGUAAAACCCUAAUAAGAAAAUUUUUUUUUUUAAAUAAGUUUAGCACGACCAUCGUCAUAUCCAAUUGCCUUCGUCCAACAAUGCAAUUACGAGGCAGUAGAAAUUGUUAGCGAUGGAGAUAAGCUAUGGCAUGCUUGACCACAGUAAACGAGGAACUUCCGGAUCUUGUACAUACAUACAGUACUACACAAGAGUCGCAAUAUCAUUCCUGCUUAUGAAAA